UUUUGAUCCGCGACAGCGAGACGGAGGACGAUGACGUGGCCGGGCGGCGGGAAAUUUUGCAAAACGCACUGCUGAACAAUCCGGAACGGAAGAACAUGUUCCAGUCGAACGAGUACCAGUUCAUUCUGCCCACCAGCUCGCCGACGGACAUUCGGGAAGCGGACACCGAGGAGAGCCCGAUAUUUUUGUUCGAAAACCCGGAGGAGCACCUGAUGCGGGGUAAGGGCGGCAAGCGCCAGAAGUUUGACAACAACGUGAUCAAAGCGCUGGAGGGUCAAUAUGAGAGUGCACAACAACUCCCCCUCUCCUCAUUUGUGUGGCGUGAACAGCAAUACAAACACCGGCACACGUGGAGCCUAUGCAUGACAAAUUUCUGUACCUGAUGUAGUACUGUUUGGGCGUCCGGAAUUUGCCGUGCAUAAUACUGACGCAGGGAAGCUGCAACUGGAUUUGGGCUUUUGCAUGAGAAAUGAGGCCGAGGGGGAGUUGUGCACUGUCAUAGUCAGCCGGACAGCAUCGAGAGGAGCGACCCCUUCCGCCG